AAUUCACUAUUCUAUUUCACUACUACCUGAUUUCCACCGAUCGUAGCACGCAUAUUACGGACUGCCGUCAGCAACAUCGUCAAGGGUUGUCCUCUCCUUCACCUUCACACAUGGCUUCUUGCACCUCUACUAUGAACCCUAACGUCGCUGAGGACGUUAGAUAUAUACCGCCCGCGUACGAAAACGAGAAGUCAGCUAAGAAACGACGUCGUAGCAGUUCAGCAUCCAGUAGAAAAAGGAACUCUCAUCCCCAUCAACCCGAACCCGAAACAUUACCAGAAGCGCAGCAAAAUCAGCCAAGAUAAACAAUGCAGCAAUUCAUCGAACUCGAACCUACACAACUUGAACGCUUCAUAUUCGACCAAGUUAGGUUUCCUCCCGAUAAUACGGAACUUGUCCUCGACCAAAAACGAUUAAUACGCGAAUUCUAUCGAACCGAGGAACUACGCUUAGAGAAUAACCGACGACAUAUUCACCGUAGCGAGAGUGACUCCGAUCCCGAAAUGGAAAAAGUUGACCCCAUAACUUAUAGGAGAGUCCUUGAGGCUAAUGGCAUUGAAGAACUUGGACAAACAGAAUGUCUGGCUCGCGCUCCAACUUUUGUUAAAGAUAUUCUAAAAACGCUUGACCUCGUUGAUAGUGGGAACCAGACUCGUCGCCGACAUUCCCAUCCUAAAUGGUACAUUGAAGAAGACGACCAAACGGCAAAGAAAUUCCUAUACUACGAGAGCAUGCUCCGGUCCAUACGUAACGGGUCCAAGAAAACUAUUGAAAACAUUGUAUACUCCGCCCUUGCCUUGGACAGCAACGAAUGUGAAGCAUGCGAUGCUGCUAUGUGUUUAGCAGCUGAUCAGAAGUUCGGACGAGUGUUUCUUAAUCACUUUCAACACCCUGACCUACUCGUUGUCCCUCAACCGGACUUAUACUUUGGAUACGAAACAGAUGAAUUUCUCGACAACGACCAAUACAUACCGAAGAACUAGCAAGAUCUUCCAACGGAGAUAUAUCAGCCCUACUGCGAAAUAUCGGAGCCAAUUCAAAUCUGUUAUCCUUGUUUAAUAAUGGAAGCGAAAUUCGAUGGUCGGAGCAUAAACGGAGCUCAAAGACAAUACAUCGGCAGCUGCGCUACUACCUUUGCAGCAUUGCAUUUUGCAUUCCCGCAAGAGAAGGAGUUCGUUGUCUUCGGUCUCACAGUUUCACAUAUGACUGCGGAAGUUUUUGUAACGUAGAGAACGCUCGGCGAGGACGGUAGGGUCCAUUAUUAUUUUGGA